AUGUCAGUAAAGAGUAGCUUUUUACAAUAUACAUCUCAGGGAGAUAAACCUGAAUCCUCGAAAGAUUAUUAUAAAAAUCAACCGAUCAAUAUUACAACUGAACAAGAUAAGGUUAAUGAAUCUUUACAAGAUAAUGGCGGUGAUGAUGAUGAUGAUAUAACUUAUACAUCAGAACGACAAGCACACCGUUCUCGACGACGAUCAUCAUUACAAAUACUUGAUAUUAAACUUAUUCAUGCAUUAUCAAAUCAAUUGAAUAAUGAUUCUAGUGUUCCAAUAAAUGCCCCGGAAGGCGUGUGUGAGUUUGAAUAG